AAAAUUAUGACAUCGACAUCCAAAGGAAUUUUUCGCCCAUUUUUAAUCACCUGCAUUAUCCUGGGUUGUUUCAUGGCAUGCCUGCUCAUUUACAUCAAGCCUACCAACAGCUGGAUCUUUGGCCCCAUAGAGACAAGCAGCUCUGUACUGAAAAUGAAAAAUUUCUUUUCCAGCAAAACUGACGAUUUGAAUGAAACCAUCAUAUUGAUUUGGGUAUGGCCUUUUGGGCAGACAUUUGACCUUUCCUCCUGUCAACCAAUGUUUAACAUCCAUGGGUGUCAUCUUACCACAGAUCGAGCCCUUUACAACAAAUCCCACGCUGUCCUGAUUCACCAUCGAGACAUCAGUUGGGAUCUCACUAAUUUACCCCAGCAGGCUAGACCACCAUUCCAGAAGUGGAUUUGGAUGAACUUGGAAUCUCCUACCCACACACCCCAGAAGAGCGGCAUUGAACACCUCUUCAAUCUAACUCUGACUUAUCGUCGAGACUCAGAUAUACAAGUGCCUUACGGCUCCAUGACGGUCAGCACAAAUCCUCUUGUGUUUGAAGUGCCAAGCAAGAAGAAGCUGGUGUGCUGGGUUGUCAGUAACUGGAAUCCUGAGCAUGCAAGAGUCAAAUAUUACAGCGAGCUAAGCAAAAGCAUCGAAAUUAAUACCUAUGGACAAGCGUUUGGAGAGUAUCUGAAUGAUAAAAAUUUGAUUCCCACCAUAUCUUCUUGUAAGUUUUACCUUUCCUUUGAAAACUCGAUCCACAAAGAUUACAUCACAGAAAAACUCUACAAUGCCUUUCUGGCUGGUACAGUCCCUGUCGUGCUAGGUCCAUCUAGGGAAAACUAUGAGAAUUUUAUUCCGGGAGACUCCUUCAUUCAUGUCGAUGAUUUUAGUUCUGCCAGCGAGCUAGCCAAAUAUCUCAAGGAGCUAGACAGAAACGAUAAGCUCUAUCUUGGUUACUUUAACUGGAGGAAGACCUUCACAGUGAAUCUGCCGAGGUUCUGGGAAACACACGCAUGCUUUGCUUGUGACCACGUGAAGAGACACCAAGAAUACAAGUCCGUUGGUAAUCUAGAGAAAUGGUUUUGGAAUUAA